UGAGCCGAUCAGUAAAAAAUAAACUUGAAAAAAAAAAACCUAAGAAAGAAAAGGUCGAUUCUCUCCGCCUCACACGACGGGCAAUCUCACUUCUUCCUGCCGCCGCGUUAAAUCCCGCCGCCGAUCGAUCAUGGCUACCGCAAACUCUACUUCCGCCUCGAGUCGUUGUUUCGAUUUCUCCUCCUCCGCUGAUUCGCCUCCUCCCAAGCUCUCUCUCUCCCCCGAUCAGCUCAGCUACUGCCACCAAGCUCUCAAGAUUCUCCGUGAGAAGAUCUCAGAUCCUGACUCCAUCUCUCGGGAGUUCGCGAAUCUGCAGGCUAAUAGGAUGAGAGCGUCGGAUAUGCUACUAAACGCUACAGUGGCUAUGAACAAUGUCAAUUUCGAUAAGAACAGAUACACCGACGUUUUGCCAUUUGAUGAGAAUAGAGUUGUUCUGAAUCCGUGCAAAGAUGCAGAUGGAUUUGUGAAUGCAAGCUUGAUUAAGGCGUCUUCGUCUGAGAGUGUUUCUGAGUUUAUUGCUACGCAAGGUCCUCUACAACGCACGACGGAGGACUUUUGGGAGAUGGUGGUUCAACAGCACUGUCCCGUCAUUGUGAUGCUCACUCGCUUGGUUGAUAACUACAAGACUGUUAAAUGCGGUGACUACUUUCCAGCCGAAGAUAAUAAGCCCAGAGAAUUUGGCAACGUAUCUGUUCUGACCAAAUGGGUAAAGACUACUGAUGAUACUUCACUGUUGUUGCGGAAUUUUGAGGUUAACUACAAGGAGAUGGAGGGUCAGCAGCCCAUGUCCGUUUUGCACAUUCAGUAUCCGGAGUGGCCUGACCAUGGAGUUCCCAAAGAUACCGUGGCUACCCGUGAAAUUCUGAAAAGACUCUAUCAAGUACCGCCUAGUCUCGGCCCAAUCAUUGUUCACUGCAGUGCAGGGAUAGGAAGAACCGGAACAUACUGUGCGAUACAUAACACAAUCCAGAGGAUUCUUGUUGGAGACAUGUCUGCUUUGGAUCUUGCUAAAACUGUGACAACAUUCCGCAGACAACGCAUUGGCAUGGUUCAAACCAUGGAUCAAUACUUGUUUUGCUACAAGGCCAUUGUUGAUGAACUAGAAGAUCUAACCGCGGUGACAAAUGCUGGAACGAGUUCAUAAAGGCUGAAUGCUACAUUGCCGUGUGGUCUUCUCUUCUGCAUAAGUAAAAAGACGGGAGAAUUCUUUAACGCACGUUAAUGAGCUUAGCUGAUUGUGGAGAAACCAGUGUGGGUGUGAAAAAAAAAUAUCAAGACUUAUUCAAUUUCUGUAAAAUUUGCGUAUUGGUGAUUAAUUUUCAGAACUAUUGCUAUGAAAAUGCGUGGUAGCGAAGCAAAUGAAUUCCGAUGCUAAGAUUGUUAUAUUCGUACCUCA